AUGUCUCUAAUGUAUAUACAAGUAGCUGUUGGUCUGUCAUGUCUUACUUUUGUAGCAUAUUGUGGAUUGGAAGUAAUACCGGAGAGGAUGAAGUUGGUGCAUCUAAACGAUAAAUACUUUUAUAAUUUUAGCGUUAACGUAAAAAGAUAUAGCAGAAGCAGUCCUUACUACAUGAACAUUGAAAUUACGACGAAACAGACAUGGACUAAUAACGUUACGUUGCACUUUACUUUUAAUGAGUUUCUUCACAACGAUUACCGUCGAUCCUUUGUUGAACUACACCAAAGGUUUUGUGACAUGGUUAAAUAUGACAAAUUUAUUGGACCUGUCAUGAAACACGUUGGAUUUGAAUGCCCAAUGCCACCUCGUACAGUGCGAAUGACCAAUUUCACAUUGCCUCUGGAUAAAUUUCCUAAUGUGCUACCAUUUGAGAAAUGUCGUUUUGACGCCGAAGCAACCCUCACGGAAACUAAUGAAUCAUUAGCCUUGGCGUAUAACUAUGUAACUUUCAAAGUUACUCAUCAUACUUACAAUCAAGAACAACACGUCGUAAUAUCAUCCACCUCCACGAGGAAGGGAGUGGGUAGCGUCCGUCUGAGAAUUCAGUCCCUUCCAUUACAGAUAUUGGGAUUUAGGCCGUCUUGCACUCACUGCGAGCCCGCAGGAUCGGAAGACGGUAUCGCAGGUCGAGUACUGCUUAGCGCUUUGGAAUACCUGAAAUUAAAGGAAUUAUGCUGGUUGCGGAACAAAAAAGGUGUGGAUAAAUCUCAACUAAACGAAAUCUAUAUCUCGCCUUGA